ACGCCAUUUCUCAGUAACACACUCGGCUGGAUGGUAGGUGCCGAAUACUAUUAAGAGGAACGGUUUUCUAGAGGUACUAAACGAACUUAUUUUCAAAGAAGAUCAUUCAGAAGGAAACGAUCACGGGAGGUCCAGGCUCCAAGAUUUUACUCGGUGUAGGAUGCCGACCAAGAGCACAUUCACUUGAUAGUGAAUGUAUUUUUUGUCUGAAGACGUGUUGCAGGCCGCCAUUUUUGUUACUGCCUCAAAAGUCUGUCUGGAGUCAAAAAAGGGGUUAGAGCAAAUAUCCCUAAUCCGUGCCUUGAACAUACAUAGAAGAACGUCUUAUCAAAGAAUCGUGGACGAAAUCGCCAGACUUCAGUUGCGUUGAAUCGACAUGUAGACCAGUUUGCAAUUGUAAGUGAGGCGACCUUUUCCGUAGUGUGAACUGACAGUGACUGGAUAUAGUAGCUAUAUUGUUUCAUAAGCUAGCUAACGUUACUUUUUCGGAAGAGGGAACGGAAAGGGGAACCUAUAUGGGUUAUUGUUGCAUGAAGCCUCUUCUACUCGACUGACGUACUGGUGUUUUUUACUUAAAGAGCAAAUCUUGCAGCAUUCGCGAGAGCUAAAAACCAACACAAUGCAUCAAAGUUGUCUCAUGCUAGUCCCAGCCUGUCUGUGAGACGCCAGGUUGCGAUUCCAGUGUUCUGGAGAAAUCACUGGAGAAAGCACUAGCUGUUCUUUGGAAUAACAGGGGACGUGUCGUAUAAUCUCCAUCUCCAUUUCCUAUUUAUUAUUUACUAGUAUAUUGUAUUUUAGUACUUAUUUUUGAUAGUUAAUUUAUAUAGUUUUCAACAUGUCAUCUGCAAGGUUCGAUUCUUCAGACCGUUCCAGUUGGUAUUUUGGGCCGGUUUCGCGGCAGGAGGCACAAAAUAGGUUACAAGGACAGAGGCAUGGAAUGUUUUUAGUUCGGGAUUCAUCCACUUGCCCAGGCGACUAUGUGUUGUCGGUGUCGGAAAACUCGAAAGUUUCGCACUAUAUUAUAAAUUCUUUACCAAGCAAGAGGUUCAAAAUUGGAGAUCAGGAGUUCGAGCACCUCCCUGCGCUUUUGGAGUUCUACAAGAUCCAUUAUUUGGAUACGACUACUUUGAUAGAACCUGCCCCCAGGUUCCAUACAACAGUUCUCAGCAGUGGCCCCAUUCAGCCCCAAGGCCUGCCCGACGAGGAGAACCUGGAGUAUGUGCGGACUCUGUAUGACUUCACAGGGAGCGAUGCGGAGGAUCUACCCUUCAAAAGGGGCGAGAUUCUCAUCAUCCUGGACAAGCCAGAGGAGCAGUGGUGGAGUGCUAAGAGCAAGGAGGGUCGCGUUGGCAUGAUCCCCGUGCCCUACGUGGAGAAGCUGGUGCGGCCCCACCCUGGUCAGGCUGGGCACUCCACCCGCAACUCCAACAGCUACGGCAUCCCCGAGCCCGCACAUGCCUACGCGCAGCCUCAGACGCCCUCGCCACUGCCUCCGGGCACACCUGGAGCCGUCAUUACCCCACUUCCCAACAUGCAGAACGGCCCAGUCAUGGCCAAGGCUAUCCAGAAGCGGGUGCCCUGCGCCUACGACAAGACCGCCUUGGCACUAGAAGUCGGGGACAUUGUGAAGGUGACUCGGAUGAACAUAAGCGGCCAGUGGGAAGGGGAGGUGAAUGGCCGGAGGGGUCUCUUCCCCUUUACCCAUGUCAAAUUGUUGGACGGCCAGAACCCGGACGAAAGCGAAUGACAUGGGAGCACCUCUCCAGCCUGCCCUGCCUUUCAGCCACCCAGCCCCCCCCCACCCGCCCCUGCUCGCCCGCCUUCCCCCCAAGUACAUGUGCAUCGACCUCCCUCCUCUGCCCUAGUCCUGCGCUACCUGCAGAGCCUCUCUUUGGAGACAGUAAAAGCGUUGUGCGGCUUCUGAUUGUUUACAGCCAUCUACGUACGGUUCCUAACCCAUCUCCCUCACCAACAGUCUCACAAGUGAAUCAGUAUUUUUGGGUUGAUUGGUGUGGUGGAUUUUAUGUUUGUUUGUUUGUUUUUAUUUUUCCCUGUGUCUGGAUAUUUCAAGGGCCUCAACGUAUUGAUCUUGUAGACAAUGAGAUGAGCUAAAAGUGUGCUGUAUCACCCACAGUGAUGCCGUGUGUGUGUGUCUGUGUGUGUGUGUGUGUGUGUGUGUGUGUGUGCGCGUGCCCCCAUCUUCCAUGCCGCCCCUCCUCCUUUUUUCCCCUUACAUCCUUUUCCUCCAGAAACAAAAAAAUGUGGCUUAUGAGAUAAACCGAAGCAUGGACUGGUCACCCACAGGCCAAAAGUACAUUUGUGAGCACCUUUGUGGACAUUAAUGGAUUAAUGACGGAGACAGAAAGAAGGGAAGGAAGAGCAUAUUGCUUAGUCAUUGUCAGCGAAGAUGCAGAAGCAGCAGCAGCAGCAGGAGCAACGCUGGCUGCCCUGCUUUGAGGCCCGUCUUGCCAAGCCCUUUACCCGAGCUGUCCGAAUCAUUCACAUUGUAUAUUAACUUUACUCAGACGCUGGCUGCCUGCUGCCUCCACGGAGAAACAAAAUUCAAGCGGUGUGUGACUGAACAAGCGAGGGAACACAAGAGAAAGAGGAAAUGAACCUGCCAGUGGGUAGGAGUUGGAAGAAAAAGAGAGAAUUUGGUGGGGAGUCACCAAUUCAUGUGUCCGGCUUCAGUAGAGUUCUAUGUGUGUUAACUGGUCUGCCAUUGUAGCCUUUUUUUUAUUUUUUAUUUCAUUUGUGCCAUAACACAAAGCCUGUCAAUUGCAGGUGUGCUGAUCAGCUGGAUGGAUUUCACAUGCACUUUGAGGGCUUCUAAUUUAAGGUCAGCGAAGAGCAAGCACUACUCAGUACAGGAACAGGAAACUCGGUACAGUAGCAGAAAUAGUCAAAGUAGUCUAGUAGUUUAGCCAAAACUGGACUCCUGCAGCCAUCACAGCACAUGGUCCAUGCCUUUAUCUCAGAUUAGUCGCUGUUUUGACAACCUGUCUCCUUUGUGACUCUUGGGGAAAUGUGGGUCAAUCUUCCAGCUUCUUUCCCUUUACUAGCACGGACAAGGUCCCCUGCAUCGUGGAUUGUAGACCUGGAUCAUACACACUUUGCCACAUCUCCUCUUGCAGUACCAGAACUUGUUUAAUUGUGUGCCUCGUCUCCAUGGGAUGUUUGCCAAGACGACACACAAUUAACAAUCUACUGUGAUGGAGAAAAAGACAAAGGCAGUCCUUGCCAUCAGGAGCUAGCUAUCUUUUGUAAUUUGCUUAAGUAACGCGGUUGUGCAGAAGAUUUGGUGUUUUUUUUUUUUUUGCUCUUUCCAUUUUUUGUUCUCUUUGUUUUUGUCCUUCGGUCAGCUGUUGAAUCAAGCAUUUAAUGUGUGUUUGAAAAUAAAACAGUUGUAAAAAAAACUGUGUUGACGGUAGGUGACUUUAUAUAAAAAAAAGAAAUAGGGAAAAAAAAGAGUUAAAAAAAACAACACAAAAGGGAUUCAAAUGCCUGUCGGUGGCCUCUGCAUGACCUCCUGUCCAGUGAGGGAGAUGUCUCCAUCCUCUCACUGGUCAAAUGCUGCUUCGUGUCAUCCUUUCCUUACUGACGUGACAUGGAACUGUACAUUUCCCCCUCUAGCUCAUUCAGUCCAAACGUACGAUGUGGCACCCACAACCCUUACCUCCAGUACCCCCACCCCACUCCCCACCACCACCACCACAUUAAGCAAUACACAGGCUUCUUGCUCUAACGCUCUAACUUAAUUUUAAAAGUGACAUUUUAGUUUCCCCAAAAGGCAUUAACAGUAUUACUGUGCUUUUUGUUUCUCUCUCUCUCUCUCUCUCUCUCUCUCUCUCUCUCUCUCGCUCUCCCUAUUUUUCCCUACAUUUGAUCUUUCCUUAGAUUGAAACAAAAAUUGUGCCUUUUUAUGUUUUGUUCAUAUACCAUUGUGGUAUUAAUUCUCAUGGUUAACACCCGUGCUGGUAUAAUGCAUAAUGUACAGAACGUAAAUAAAAUUUACAAGUACU